AUGACGACAUCAUCAUCGGCGGGGACGCCGGUGACGUCGACGUCGUCGACGAGCUCCCCCUGCGCGGCUUGCAAGUUCCUGCGGCGCAAGUGCCAGCCAGACUGCGUCUUCGCGCCCUACUUCCCGCCCGAUCAGCCGCAGAAAUUCGCACACGUGCACAAGGUCUUCGGGGCGAGCAACGUCACCAAGCUUCUCAACGAGCUUACUCCCUACCAGAGAGAGGAUGCGGUCAACUCCCUGGCCUACGAGGCCGAGAUGCGCCUCCGCGACCCAGUUUACGGCUGCGUCGGUGUCAUCUCCAUCCUCCAGCACCAGCUUCGCCAACUGGAGAUGGACCUCACUUGCGCCAAGUCCGAACUGUCCAAGUACCAGGCCACCACGACGACCACCCUCGGCCAUGGCUUGCUAAAUGUGAACAUCAACCACCCGAUAGGCAUCGGAGGGAUCGGACUUGGAAGGGAACAGUUCUUCUCCGCCACUCCUGCCAGAGAGCACCACCACCACCACCACCACAUGGCCGCGAGGAGCUACGACGCAGAUAUGGGAGGAAGGCUUGGAGGGAGUGGGUCAUACGACACGGGGUUCAUGGCUGGGAUGAACAUGUCGGCGGGUCUCGGAGCUCUGGGAAGUCAGUUCAAUAAGCCGAGGGCUGCAGGUGGAGACGAGAGGCAGACAAUCGGACCUUCUUAG